CUGAAGCUCCCGUUGGGAAGGGUGCCAGUGCCCAGAGACACUGUGUAUGGAGGGCAUGUUGGGCAGCUCUGGAGGAUGGGCCAGUGGGUUGUAGUAACUGGUGGGGAGGGGUGGAGGUUAAGCUCUGCUACAAGGAGGACUCUGGGCAAGAGAGCUUUCUGUUCCCUUAGCCAAGCCUCACCUCCAACUCCUGGACCCGGAACAGGGACACACCCCUGUGCCUCCAUCAUCCAUGCUGCGCAGUGCAAGUGACCUGAUCUACUUCCAUCGGUCUCUGACCUCUGACCCCAGCCCAGCCCCUCAGUGUCCUUGGAUUCCUCUAUGGGGUACAGAGGGGGACAGUGGGAGGAGCUUCUCUCAGGGUUGGAAUUCCUUGGUAGAAUGUGGAGCUGGAGGUCACAGACGCCUCUAUGAUAUCACCACGAGGGGGCGCUAGGCCACUUGAAAUGAAAUUUCCUUGACGAGUAGGAGACUGAGCAGCUAUGAACAACACCCGAAAAAUCUGGUGGCAGCAAUGCACAGACACCAUCAACAUCAAACCUUUGUCCAUCCUAAGGACCCCACACGAGCCCUAUGCCCGGACAGAGGAGCAAGUGCUCAUCAAUCGCCGGGACAUCACUAGUAACACAGAUGCCUGGGACAUGCAUGAGUUCAUCACGCGCAUGUAUGUAAAGCAGCUGCUCCGACACCCAGCCUUCCAGCUGCUGCUGGCCCUGCUACUGGUGGUCAACGCCAUCACCAUCGCUAUCCGCACCAACUCCGUCCUAGGCCAGAAACACUAUGAGUUGUUCUCUACCAUAGAUGACAUUGUGCUGACCAUCCUUAUCUGUGAGGUUCUCCUUGGCUGGCUCAAUAGCUUCUGGAUUUUCUGGAAGGACGGCUGGAACAUCCUCAACUUCCUUAUCAUCUUUAUCUUGCUCCUGGGUACCUUCAUUGAAGAACUAGAUGUCAUCGCUGUCACCUACACCCUCAGGGUGCUUCGUCUGUUGCACGUGUGCAUGGCGGUGGAGCCCCUGGCCCGGAUCAUCCAUGUCAUCGUGCAGUCCGUGCCUGGCAUGGCCAAUAUCAUGACCCUUAUCCUCUUCUUCAUGCUGGUGUUUGCCGUGUUUGGGGUCACCCUCUUUGGUGCGUUCGUGCCCAAACAUUUCCAGAACAUGCAGGUUGCACUGUACACCCUCUUCAUCUGCAUCACCCAGGACGGUUGGGUGGACAUCUACAGUGACUUCCAGAUGGAGAAGAGGGAGUAUGCAAUGGAGAUUGGGGGCGCCAUCUACUUUGCCAUCUUCAUUACCCUUGGUGCCUUCAUUGGCAUCAACCUGUUGGUCGUCGUGGUGACUACCAACCUGGAGCUGAUGAUGAAGAGAGGACAGCAAGGGCACCAGCAUCAAAUAAACUUCAGUGAGACAGGCUACGAGGAAGAGGACGAGGGUAGCCAGCUGCCACUGGUGCAUUGUAUAACCGCCCGCUUGGCAAGAUCCGGCCUUCCCCAGGAGCCACUGGUUGGGGGGCCCCUGUCGAACCUCUCGGAGACCACGUGUGACAACUUUUGUUUGGUGCUCGAGGCGAUACAGGAGAACUUGAUGCAGUACAAGGAGAUCCGAGAUGAGCUCAACACGAUUGUGGACGAGGUACGAUCCAUACGCUUCAACCAGGAGCAGGAAGAGGAGAUGAUGUACAGGGCCAUGUCUCUGAACCUGCAGAUGGAGAGCUGGACCUCCGUUGACAUCCACAACCGCCAGCAAGACUUGCUCACCGCGCUCAUGAACAUGGAAAAGGUUCAGGAAUCCACCACAAAUGUACUCCAUAAUAAACACAGGCCCAGCCACUGA